CCUCUAUGGACUUGGCAGGGAUCCCGGUGGACAAAGUUCUUGAAUUCUUCACCGACCCAGAGCAGAGGCGGAAGUGGAACAAAAAGUCACCGACAUUCGAGAUCUUAGAAGAAAAGGAUGACUUCAAAAUUGUCUACACAGUAUUCAAGAUGCCCACAGCCUGUGAUGAUCGUGAUGUUGUCCAAUGCACUGUAGUAAGAUCAGAUGAAGACCCAAUCCGUCAUACCAUCCUUUACAAGAGCUGCAAUCAUCCAAGCAAACCACCAAAUAACAAAGGCCACAUAAGAGCUGAUGUUGGUGUAAUGGGUAUUGUGAUUAGGCCUAAGGAGGGUGAUGACGUAGCAACCCACGUGACCUGGGUGGGUCAGGUCAAUCUCAAGGGAUGGAUGCCCAAGAUGAUGGUGAAUAAGGUCACAAUCGGUUAUCCGGUAUCGCUAUACGAUGACAUCAACACGUACUGGAAGAAAUUGACGGGGCAGGAUAAGAAGGACAAGAAAGAAACAAAAGCCGAAGGAGAAGAGGAAAAUAAAGCAGAGGAAGGAGGCGAAGCAAAGGACGAAGAAGAAAAACCCGCUGAAAACGGAGAAGCCGAGCCGGAAAAAGCCGAGGAGAAGGCCGAAGAGAAAGCCGAAGAGACGAACGCCGAGGAGAAGAAGGAGGAGGAAGCGGCGUCGGAAGAAAAACCAGCCUCGGAUGAGAAACCGGCCGAAGAGGGUGCUGCAACAGAAUAAGAUGACCUUCUUGAAAGCGAGAAGGAAUAUCGAUUCGAGAAAGAGAGAGUUUUAUCAAAAUGGACAUUUUUUCAAACACGUGCCCGAUGUUUGAUUUCUUUUGUUGGAAGAACGUCUCAUGUUUACUGAUAAUAUUUUGAAUGAUGCGUUCUAUAAUUUUAAGAAAUAUUAGCCCUCUGUCACCGUUAUUUUGAUGUAGAGUUACGUUCCCACUAAUGUAGGAAGAGAAAUAUUACGUGUUUUAGUGUGAACACAAGUUUCUUCUACUCGUUGUGUGUAAACGCACUUGGUCAGCAAGUACUCCUUUCUUUAGUUAUUCGCCAUUUUACAAAAAGAGAGGGUUUAAUCAUUGUUGGGUCAGGAAAAUUAGAGCCAAACUUUGGAAAGGCAAGUUUGCGCUGUUCGUUUUGACGUUCACACACACACACAUACAUGAACACACUUUGCAAGGCAUGGCUAGUUAAAGCAGUUUUUAAGAAAAUUUGCGUCAGCAUUCUUGCGUUAGCUAAGUGAUGAUUCGUUCGUAUCGAGCAUUUAGACUAGCAUUACUCGAGAGAAUAAUUUCACACAUAAUAGUAA